CACAGAUAUCACUUUCCUCUUGUCUUGCAAGUAGGAGAUUUGGCACGUUCUGUAGCUACUCAGAUAAAAAAAAGAGGGCAGAGCAGGAAUCACGGAUGAAAUUGACAAACAGGAGGCUCAGACCUUCAUCAGUGGUGGGAAACAGGUUCUGCAUCUGCACAGGAGGGGGAGAGAGAGACAGGAAGAAAGAGGUUUCCAGGCAGCAGAAAUUAAUUUAAUUGUGGAGUGGAUGCUGAGAUUCUGGUUAAGCCAUUUUUUUUCCUUCUUCUUUUUUUCAAUCUCAUGUCCUUCAAGGAAGAAGCCAGCAGGGCUAGAUAUCGAUCGUCAUGGUUACCUCCACCACAACAAAACAGAUGGAAGAGACUAAUGAUGGUCACGGAUGUGCAGUACCUUGCCCACUUCUCAUGUCUCGCAAGCCCUGCCCGGCGACACUGGGGGCUUUAGAAUCAAGCAGAGGGAGAGAGAGAGAAAGAGAGAGAGAGAGAGGAGGAGGGUGAUAUCACACUCGCUGGAACCCAGACGUGUUUUCUCCCACAUCUUUUUUUUUUUCUAUGCCUGGUGUUGCAUUAACUUCUGCCUGUAUCCCUAACUGUCAAAAAGGAUUCCUGAAUGGGGUACUCUCUGAUAUAGAACUGUCUUCUCAUUAAGGGAAGCUUUUCCAACUCCAGUCACAAGAGAGAGCGAAAGAUACUUCUUAUAACCACAUGUUGCUGAUUCUCAUCUGGGUUGCUGCCACUGUUCUAUCUUUCCUUCGGUUCCUUGGGGGGGCGCGUGUGGGGAACUGGUGUUUUCGGAGAGGUGCUGCCAGCUGACAUUUUCACCACGACAUACAGGGACAACAUCACUGACAAGCAAUAAAAAAGGCAGAGGGAGAGAGAGGGGGAGAGAGAGAGAGAGGGAGAGAGAGAGAGUGAGGGAGAGCACCAGCUCUCCUUUUGUUUCUGCUCGUUUGUCACUUGUAAGAAGAACUGAAAAAAUAUAUAUUGACUGGCUCCCUCACCUGAUUGAGGCAAACGAUAAGUUAACCCAGUGCGCAACAGAAAAAGCCUACCAUGCCUGGUCUCAUCAACAAGGGAAAACGGAGUGCUCUGCCACUCAGUACCUCUGAAAUCACUUCCUGUGUCAGAGGUUACACCUUGGCAAUGACAGCUUCUCUGACCUACAACAACAUAGAGGACCAUCCUAUAGAAGGUCUCUUCAUCUACCCGCUGGAUGAAUGCUCUACAGUGGUGGGCUUCGAAGCCAUGAUAUCCAGUCGAAUAGUCACGGUGCAAAUUAAAGACAAAGCCAAAAUUGAUGACUGCUACUUCGACUGCUGUACAGUGGCCAAUGGGACGUUCCAAAACGGCAGUGGACACAUCAUGCUGGAUGAGGACUUGGAGCGGACAGUGUUAGUUGUUAACCUGGGUAUCAUUCCCCCAUUGGAGACAGUGACAGUGCUUGUGAGCACGUCCUCGGAGCUGAUGGCCCUCCCCAGUGGAGCGAUCCGGGUGACCUCCCCCCCAGUCUGCACCCCGAAAGUGCAGAGAUCCAUUAACGAAGAGCACAGCCACUCUCAGAACCCGACCAGAAACAAGGAUAGACAUCAUUGUGCCCUGGGUCCCCAUGAUCAGAGUACAGUAAACAGCCAGCUAUGUCUUGCUUGGUUACUGGAAGAAGAGCCAAUCAACUCCAUUGAUUAUGAAUUUAAUUUUCAGCUGGAGAUCAGAGGGCCCUGUCUCUUAGCAGGUGUAGAGAGUCCGACUCACGCGAUCCGGGCAGACGCAGACCCCUCAGCUCAUUCUGCCACCAACAUCGUCGUCACCCUGGCUGACAAAUACACCUACGAUCGCCCUGUUGAAAUUAUCAUCUACCCAAGUGAGCCUCAUAUGCCUCACGUCCUCAUAGAAGAUGGGGAUAUGACACCAGAGGAGUAUGAUGAGCACCUGAAGGGGAGGAGUGACUUCAUCAAGGGUGUGAAGAAGGACCCGAGCUGUGAAAAGAAAGUUGAGAUUAUCCGAAAACGUCUCCACAAGGAUAUUCUCCAUAACCCUGUCGUCAUGCUCAACUUCUGCCCAGACUUGAAGGCCGUGCCUUCAGACCUGAAGAGGGUUCAGGGAGAAUUUAUUUUUCUCAUCGACCGCAGUGGAAGCAUGAGUGGGGUGAACAUCAGUAGAGUGAAGGAUGCCAUGCUGGUCAUUCUUAAAAGUCUGGUCCCUGCCUGUCUUUUCAACAUCAUAGGCUUCGGCUCCACUUUCAAGACACUGUUCCCAGCGAGUCAGACCUACAGUGAAGACACCCUUGCCAUAGCCUGCGAUUACAUCAAGAAAAUCCGCGCAGACAUGGGCGGCACCAACAUCUUGUCUCCUCUAAGCUGGAUCCUCCAUCAGCCUCUGUACCGGGGGCACCCUCGUCUUCUCUUCCUGCUCACAGACGGGGCUGUCAGCAACACGGGGACAGUCAUCGAGCUUGUUCGCAGCCACUCCCUCAUCACCAGGUGUUUCAGUUUUGGAAUUGGUCAGAGUGCCUGCAGGAGGCUGGUGAUCGGGCUCUCAACUGUAUCCAAAGGCACCGCUGAGUUCUUGACUGAGGGCGAGAGACUACAGCCAAAGAUGAUCAGAUCCCUGAAGAAGUCCAUGUCUCCAGUCCUGAGUGAUGUUACCAUUGACUGGCUGUUUCCCGAGACCAAGGAAGUGCUGCUGUCCCCCACUGGUGCUGCCCACCUGUUCCCGGGGGAUCGCCUGAUUGGUUACUGUGUUGUCUGUGACACGUCGCGGUAUCACCCCAACCCCAAAUCUGACAAACGAAGACGGUACAGCAUGAUGCGGUCCAACGAAUCGGCCAGCUCCGUCUUCUACCAUUCCCAGGAAGAAGAUCCGGCCAAGUCCAUCUGUGAGGGCAGGGGGCUGCUGGGAGAAGGAAUGGUGGUGUCCCUGGGUGACAGUUACCAGGAGACGCUGUCAGAGAGCACAGCUGUCAACACAGAGCAGGCGAUGAUGGGAAUGGAUGCCAAGAGCUCACCACGGAGGAGGGCGUAUAGCACCAAUCAGAUAGUUGAUUACAAUCCAGUGAAAAGGGCCUUCACCCCGAGUGACCCAAGCUCUGCUGUGGUUAAGAACCCGCUGAGGAGAGCCAUGAUUCAGGAGCUCGUGGGGCAGCCCAGCCCUGACUACGGGGUCCAGUGGGCGGCAGAUUUUCAAGAGGGUUUGGCCCAAGGCCAGGAGCAGGAUCUGCCCCAGCUGGGUGCCAGCCUGAAGACGGUGGCCAAGACAAUGGCUUUGGAAGACAGUUCGAGAUCAUCAACAGACAGCCCUUCUGUCAGCAGCACUGGAGACCCAGAUGGCUACCCCCAUCAGCUCUGUGAAAUCGAAACGCCUCUGGAGGGGCCCUCCCUGGACCCUCUCCUGUUCCAGUCUGCCCCUGGCGGUCAGCCGGGGGGGCACUGCAAAGCCGUGAUCUCAGGGCUGCUCUGCGGGAGGCCAGUUCGAUGGGAAGUGGCCUUUGACAUCGAGCCCUUCCUGAAAGGGAGGGAACGAGAGGAGAAGGUGCACGAGGACCUGUGGAACGAGACCUUCCACCACCUGGCGGGCCGCUCGAUCAUUCAAGACUUUGAACAAAUGGCAGAGAAGGAGUGCGAGAUCGAGCACGGUUCGGGAAGGAGAUACCAGCUCAAUGCCAUUCACACCAGCAAAGCCUGCAACAUUCUGAGUAAAUACACAGCAUUUGUGCCCAUUGAUCUGGACAGUAACGAAUACCUGCCCAUCUUUAUCGAGUACACCAGUCCAGGAGACACAUCAAAGCCAAGCAGCCAGCUGGGCUCUCGGUCCAACAGUCGGAGGAACCGGGGCUACUCCAUCGGCCUGGGGCGGUCUCAGUCAGGCUGCAUUUCGGAAGGUGGAGAGGACGGAUUUUCAGCCAUGAACAUUGAAGACGGCGUGUCUCCCUGUAGCACUCCUUCAUCGUCAGGCUGGGAUAGGUGCAGUUUUGUUGAAGUUCCACAGAGAAGCCCCUCAGUGUCUUCUGUCCAUUCCCAGCGAUCUGCAGAGAGCCUGUUUUCUGCCAGGCUCAGCCUCAGCAGGACCCGACUGCUGACAAAGGCUGCUCGGGGAUUCAUGUGCCGCUCGCCAAGCAAGACCAGCGAGUCCGUCAGCGAGUCAGAGAGCGAAAAUAACGACUACAUCCCACUGGUGUCCUUACAGCUAGCGUGUGGUGCGUUUGUCCUGAGCAGUGCUUUCUCCGAGGCCAUCAACAUCCCCAUGGAGAAGCUCAAAUGGACCUCUCCGUUCGCCAGCCACCGGCAGAGCGCCUCCCACAUGUCGCAUGCCGGCAGCAGGAAGACGGAGGCCCCGGAAAAUGGCAUGAAAACGGGCUCCCCAUCGGAGGCUUCCCCAAAAGACGGGGCACCGCGAGAUCCCUGCGGCUACCAGCCCGACGAGCUCGGCGCUGGCCUGAGCCCUUCUGCUUUUUCAGGCGGUCUGGCAGGAAACCGGCCCCGGAGUCCGCAGACGGAGAACGGGCUCCCCGCGGACCCUGGGCCGUCGCCUGGAAACUCCCAGACGGACAGCGGAAGGGGGUCCGAGUCGGAGGGCGUGGACACGCCCCCCCCCGUCAGCAGCCUCCAGAAGUAUCUUGAGCCUGAGGGGAUGGUGUGGGCUACGGCCGUGGCCCUGGCUUGGUUGGAACACAGCUCAGCUGACUAUUUCAUAGAAUGGGAGCUGAUUGCUGCCAAGGCCAGCAUGUGGCUCAAUUCACAGGUCAUUCCGGAAGGCCGGGAUCUGGCUUCAGUCAAAGCUGCGGCCCGGCAGCUCUUCGUCAUCCUAAGACACUGGGAUGAAAACCUGCAACUGACCAUGCUCUGCUACAACCCCAGCAGUGUCUAAACCCGGCGGACACUGAGCCGGUGGGGAUCAAACACUGUGUUGUCACACUGUCGUUGUGUUUGUGGCUUCCAAAGCUGGUUUUCGUGGGAAAAGGUUUGUGUGGAUUUGAACUUCAUCUGCCAGCUUGCUGUUUUAAUCGUUGGUUCAUUUACCUAGAUGCUACGUUUAUCUAUAUAGCAAGAAGUGGUCAAAUAGGGAGCAGUUGCAUUAUUCGAUACAAAAUGUAGCAUGCUUGUGUGAGGAUUAAGCAAAGGUGAGGGGGAAGAGAUCAGAGGGCUCUGAUUAUUAGAGAAAGACCUUCUCUUUUUUUCUAAUGUGUAUGAAGACCCUCUAGGCCCUGGUCCAGUUGGAAAGCAUUUCAAAACAAACAAAAGUGAAGAUGAUACUAGAUUAGCUGGAGUUGCAAACACGACAACCACAGCAAUUGGAAACUGGAAAUUCUGGAGGAAUUUCACAUGUAGAAAUCUGCAAACACAGUCACGUGUGUCUAUAGAAAAUGAGUGUUACUAAGUGGAAGGUAUUUCAAACUGGCAAAAAGAAUAUAGCAUUUUACGUAGGAGGAGCUGAACUUAAGAUAACCUCCAAAAGGACUGAAGAGUUCAUUCUGGCUUAGCAGUGUCCUCUUCUAGAGGAAUCAGUGAAGUUAAAAAACAGGUGAAAUGUAUGCUUGGAAAUGCGAUGAAAGGAGAUGAAUCCCAAUCAAGGGCAGUCAUGCUACAACGGUACAAUUCUUUUCUAAGGCUAUGUUUAGAAUACUGCAUUCAGCUUAACUCACUGUAUCACACAAUAGAACUCACUGCGCUGGAAACAAGAAUUUUAACAUUUGAAAAUGUCAUAUACUGAGAACUUAUAAUAACUUAAUCUAUUUAGGCUACUAUGACAGAAUGUCUCGGUGAAAUCACUGAGGCAUUUAAAAUCCUGAAUUGAACUGCUGAGAGUAUACCAGCUUGUUUAAGCUCGACAAGGAAACAAGGACUAGCAGAUACCAGCGAAAGUACAUGUGUAUCAGUACAAUUGGAGGCUUUUUUUCCACAUGGAGCUGUGGGUUUUUGGAACAGACGAUCUCAUUAAGUUGUGGAAGCCGUUUUAAGUGGUAUCUAUAAACAAGUAGAAAGACAGCUUCCAGCAUUGACAACCCUGUUAAAUCCAUUUUAUUUUUGACGUUGUUAGUUAUUGGCUGUUUUUUGAAAGAAACAGUCAUUGGGAGAUCAAAUUAAUUAAUGAAAAACAGAUGUUCAGGUUAUUCAACUUAUAAGCUGAGGAAAGGAGAAAUUAGAUAACCUGAAAAGCAAAGGUAUAUGAAAUGGAAAAUCAAAUAAUAAGAGUCUGUCUUUAUCUCUGAAAGCCAAUGUCUUGUUGUUGUUAUGCAGAUUUAAAAUAUCAAUUUUGGUUGUGCACUGUUUUUAGCCUUAUUCUUCAGAGGCUUAAUGGACUUGUGCCAUGUGCAAAAAGGUUUCAGUAUGUCCCCCAUUUCCACAAAGGACCCCAUACCAGCAUCUUAAGAUCUAGCAUGUUUGUAUAACCAGUUGUUCUUAGCCUGGGGUGCACACACCCAUGGGGGUGUGAGAUGCCCUGUCUCAUCAAAAACACGAAUCACAUCAACAAUUUUUGAUCUGGGGUGCGAGACCAUAAUUUGAGAACCAAGGGGGUGCAGGUUACAGGUGCAGGUUGUUAGGCUGAGUGCAGGUGCAGGUGCAGUUAAGUUAGGAACCACUGCCUUAGAUGACUUCAGAAAGCCUACAAUAAAAUCUUCUGUUUCUGUUAACCAGCAUCGACCUGAACAAAACAAGUAUAGUUCAACCAGGAUGUUCAACAAGUAUCUGAAGUCAAAGCACUGUAGUAAAGGUAAAAUGUGCAAGGAUCCUAUGUAGGAAUUAAAAAAAAUGUGCUGAGUUUCUACAGUUUAUGGGGUACAAUACCGUAACCAAAUAAACUAGUUCAAGUAGGUAGAAGGUUCCACAGUUGAAAUGUUGCGUCUCUUUUCUUUUCCGCAUGGAAUAAACCUUUACCUCUUCCUUUGCACCAUAUGAACUAACUCAUUCUCCAGAAAGGAAACAACAUUGCUUGAAUUUACAUGUGAGCCAAACCGGCAAAUGGACCAGGACAGACAGUUGUUGUCAACAAAAGGAUAUGAUGAUUAAGGCCUGCCAAAGUUCUGGACUGGUAGAUUUAAUUUUAAAUGCAGGCAAGGGCAUCUCAAUUAAAACUUUAGAAAGGCUUUUGCCUUCCUAGCCCUCAUUUCCACUUGUACUUAUUAAUAUAAGUGCCCUAUGCACUUUCCCAACCGUUAAAAAAAAAUCCAUUAACAAUUGAGCAUCUGACAUUUGCCAAACAUUCUUUAAUUAUUAUGCAAAUUACACAGUAUGACACAAGUCCUUUAAACACGCUGUAAGGACCAAAAGCAAAUGUCAAGAAUAACUGGACAGCUGGUCUUCAUUAUUUUUCAUAGUUUUAGUAAAAAGUCACAAUUUUGUUCACGCAACCCAUAACUGCAAAAAUGGUCAAUUCUCUAAAACUGAUAAUUGGUAGGCCUGGACCCAAAAAAAAAAAAACAACCUCUCUCACUCAAAUAAUGGAAACAGGGACUUUAAGAGGCAUUUAUGGAUAGGCAUCUAUGAUACCCAUAUGGUACUCCCUCUGGUGAGAGACUGCUCUGCUUUUCCUUUUUUAAAUGAAAUCUUCCCAGCACUAUUCAUAAGCCCUAAGAGCAAAACUAUUCUAAACCAUACAUUUAUAUGUACAAAUGAGAUGAUAGAAAGGGAAUUUAUGCAUGAAUCGGUCAUUAAAUAUAAACAUUUUCUAUUUCAACUCACCACAUUAUUUCGGUGCCUUUUGAGCAUAUUGCUUCACCUUGAAAUAUCUUACUGUUUAGGGUUUGCUGUAGCUCUCCUUCUGUUAGACUGUACUGAAUUCCAGUUUUUCUCUGUGCUCAUUAACCUUAAGUGCCUAAAUACUGUUUGAGCUUUCACGAGGACUGUAUCCCACAACAUUUCUUAAUACUCAAACUGAGAAAGUCACUCUAACAUCUGUAAGAUUGUCAUUGUCUCAAUAGCACGCCUUCACUUUAAUAUAAAAUGAAAAAUAUUUUUCUGCUUCUACGUGCGUUUUUUUACAUUGUAUAUUGUACACAUUGAAAACAGACUUGCUUAUGCUUGUGGUCCCUUAUGAGUGGAAGUUACAUGGUUUAAACUUGAACAUGAACUUGAAGAUAGUUUACAUAGGUUUUUUUAGACAGGCUUAAUUGAGAAACGGUUUGUUAAAGACAAGGAAUGUUCCCUUUUUUUAAAAAAUGUUUAUUCUCUCAUAUCCGAAUAGCACUUUUAAGUUACAUGUUUGGCAAGACAUAAGCUGUGUUUUUGAACUGGACACUGUUUAUUUACAGAAUAUUUUAUAUCUUAAUUCUGAAUGGACACUCUAUGAUAUUCUGUACAUUUAUUUCAAGGAACAAUUAAGACAGUGGAAUUUUAACAUGCUAUACUUAAAGUUGUUUUAUUAUGCAACUGUUUUUGAGACAGUGAUGUUUCAUAAUUAUGAUGUAUGAGAAAACCAUCAAUGAUAAUCAAUUACACUGCUUUUACUUAAUCUGAAUUAGCCUUUUUAUUGAUCAUGACAGACAUCAAGCUCAAGUGUUAAAAAGGUAAUUAUGCAUAUUUUUAAAGCAGUGGCUUGUGCAAUUGCCAUGUUUUUGUUAAACUUUUCACUUCCUAAAUUUUCACAUAUUGAUUAUUAUAUUAGAAGAUAUCUCCAUAAAUGUUCAAACUUUUUCAAAAGGGAUACACAAAUGUUAAAACAAUGGACUCCAGCAUUAAAAAAAAUUGUUUAUUCAGAUACAGGCCUUGUUUAAGCUACGUUCCAACACAUUUACUCCUUUCUCUGCAGAUGGUCCACCACAUUGGUAAAGCAAUGUAGAUGUUUAAGGAUUAUUGUCUCAAACUCAGAUAUGUAGAAUCUGAAAACAAAGUGCUCUAGAACUGCUCCAUUUUCACUGCAUUACUUAAACAGAUACAGUACUUUGGAACUCUUUGUGAUUGUUUGCCAGUAUAAAUUCUGUAACUUCUUGACAAACCAUGGUAUUUUUGAAAGCUGUGCUUGUAAAAAUGUUGUUGCAGGCUUUACUUUAAAACUGAGGAUCAGUGGAAAAAAUCUGUGUUGCACAAGUGACUGUAAUAAAAAUGGUGUUGACUGUUCAAUACUAUUAUGUGCUGCUAAACGGUGAAGAUUUGAAAAAAAAUCCCAGUGCUUAAAUGAGCAAUGUCACUGCAUGUAAUAAACUGAAAUGGUAAAUGAAGUAAAUAUAC